AUGCCGGUAAUGGGAACGUUGUUGAAGGGAACCUCACAUCAACUGCCUGACUCCUUGAAAAAAAAGGAUGUCAUUACUGGGAAACCUCACGAUGGUAGCAGUCGUGAACUGGUUUCGUUUGAGGAAUCGUCGGGAGUUACCGCGACUUCGACGUGGCGUGGCUAUCGAGCUGAUUACAACAAGAUCGAUCUCGCAGCGCUCCCUAUCACGGAUGAGCUGAACAGGGGAUACAGACGCGGUCGAUCCCGAGUCUGCUUCCGGACAAUCGAGAGAAGGUAUCUACUGGGCGGUUUUUUUGAACGCCACACAACCUCGUCUAUCGAUGAAUGCAGAUGCCUUUGCGCGGACACGUUCUCGGCCUUUCGUCUACAUCGAUGCCAAUCACUGCAAUGGUACCCCAGCGGAGAGUGCGUUCUCAACAAAGACUCCCACCUAGGAAGAUAUGAUUUGAUCGAGGAUAAAAGCUCUAUUUACCAGUAUAUAACUUGUGAUGUGCAGGUGCUCAUCGACAUCGCUUCUAAGGUGUGUCGUAAUAUGGGCGCUUCUAAAUCUCCAAGGGAAACACCAGCUCGAGCCCGAACUAUGAGCACAACAGAUCGGCCUCCGCUCACGACGUAUCGAGGUCAAAACGCAGAAGUACCAACCAUAUCCUGGAGCUUCCUGAGGACAUCUGCCAUCAGAAGCCAGCAAUCUCUUGCUACAACGUCAACAGAUCCGACAACAUCCAAAAAAAGUAUCCUGAACGAGCCCACAAGUGCAGAGAGUGGAAGUGCGGAGACAACAGAACCGACAAGCCCAGCCGAAGUCACCAAAACCAGCACAACCAGAGCAAAAGCACGUGAAAAGAUAGAACCUUCUGGUGUAGAAGUAGUUGGGAGUUCAAUGCGAUUGAGAGGUCGUGAAAAUGCUACCGAAAGCUCUGCUCUAAAAAUUGUAAAUGACGGUUGCUUUGAAGAAAUCUCUGGCUACAUGAUGACGAACGUCGCAGGGGGUCUGGAACAUGACGUCUCUGUGGAGGAUUGCAAGUGUUUCUGUGCAAAUAGCAAAUUUCACCGACGAUACUCAUUCGAAUGCCUGUCGGCGACUUACUAUCACGAAGAACGUGAUUGCAUUCUGAAUCUUGAUGAUCGACAUCAGAAUCCACAUCGUCUGAAGAAAAGUAGCGGUUAUGCCGUAACGUACCUAGCAAUGACUUGUGGAAAAGCGAUUUGA